UAAGGAGGUGAUGCUUCAUAUGCUCAAGCUAUAUCUUUACUCAUCUGGAUUGUGGUUCAUUUAGCUAAUUUUUAUCUGAUUUCGCUUAUGAUUUUCAAUCCUAUUAGUCUUAAUUGUCCUAUUAGUCUUAAUCUUAUUAGACUCCUACUGGAAGUCCCUCCAUCAGUAGGAGUCUCGGUGCUUCCACUGAAAACCCAAAUCUCUCGACUCUGCUUCCAUUUUGAUGAGUUGCUAACAUAAUGGAAUGGUGGGAUUUAGACAAGGAUUGCUCAAACAAAUUGUGGGUGACCUUGCUUUCGUCGACUCCUCACCCUUCGGGAAGCUUUUGGACUCCUGCAUUCGUACCAAGUCGGCGCGUGAUGCCCGUCGCGUCCACGCCCGCGUCAUCAAAACCCAGUUUUCGUCGGAGGUUUUCAUCCAGAACAGGCUCAUCGACGCGUAUGGGAAAUGUGGUUCACUCGAUGAUGCACGUAAGGUGUUUGAUAAAAUGCCUGAGAGGAACACUUUCAGUUGGAACUGCAUCAUUACCGCAUUUAUGAAAUUGGGUUUUGUUGAUGAGGCUUUGCAGAGUUUUAGGUCGAUGCCGGAGCCUGACCAGUGCUCAUGGAACUCGAUGGUUUCGGGGUUUGCACAGCAUGGUCGCUUUGAACAAGCUUUGGAAUAUUUUGUUAACAUGCAUGGGGAGGAUUUUGUUCUGAAUGAAUACACGUUCGGUAGCGCUCUUAGUGCUUGUGCGGGUUUAAGAGAGCUGAAAAUGGGUGUCCAAAUUCAUGGUUUCAUUGCGAAAUCUUGUUACUCUUCAGAUGUUUAUAUGGGGUCUGCACUUAUUGAUAUGUACUCAAAAUGUGGGAAUGUUGCUUUUGCACAAAGGGUAUUUGAUUCCAUGAGUGUGCGAAAUGUUGUUUCUUGGAACAGUUUGAUUACUUGUUAUGAGCAAAAUGGUCCAGCAAGCGAAGCCGUACAAGUGUUUGUGAGGAUGAUGGCUUGUGGGUUCAAACCGGACGAGUUGACUUUAGCCAGUAUGGUAAGUGCUUGUGCGAGCUUGUCCGCCGUGAAAGAAGGUCAGCAAAUACAUGCUUGCAUUAUGAAAUGUGAUAAAUAUAGGAACGAUGUUGUAUUGGGAAAUGCAUUAGUUGAUAUGUAUGCAAAAUGCAACAGAAUAAAUGAGGCCAGAAGGGUUUUCGAUGGGAUGUCUAUCAGAAAUGUGGUCUCAGAAACUUCCAUGGUAAGUGGAUAUGCAAAGGCGGCAAGUGUAGAAGUUGCAAGGUCGUUGUUUACAAAGAUGAUGGAGAGGAAUGUAGUCUCUUGGAAUGCACUUAUUGCAGGGUACACACAGAAUGGAGAGAAUGAAGAGGCCCUUGGUCUCUUUCUCCUCUUGAAAAGAGAGUCUGUUUGGCCCACCCACUACACAUUUGCAAAUCUACUCAAUGCUUGUGCAAGUCUUGUUGAUCUGCAGCUUGGCAAGCAAGCUCAUUCACACAUAUUGAAGCAUGGAUUUCAAUUCCAGGUUGGUGAAGAGCCUGAUAUAUUUGUUGGAAAUUCUCUAAUAGAUAUGUACAUGAAAUGUGGGUCUAUUGAAGAUGGCUGUCAGGUGUUUAGAAAUAUGUUGGAAAGGGAUCAUGUCUCAUGGAAUGCUAUGAUUGUGGGACAUGCGCAAAAUGGUUAUGGGACUGAAGCUCUUGAAAUAUUUAGAAAAAUGCUGGUAUCAGGGGAGCAACCAGACCAUGUUACUAUGAUUGGUGUUCUAUGUGCUUGUAGCCACGCAGGAUUGGUUGAAGAAGGGAGAAAUAUUUUUUACACAAUGAAUGAAGAGCAUGGGGUGGUACCAUUGAAGGACCAUUAUACAUGUAUGGUUGAUCUACUUGGUCGAGCGGGUUGCCUUGACGAAGCUAAGAAUUUAAUAGAGGUCAUGCCAAUGCAACCCGAUGCCGUUAUAUGGGGUUCUUUGCUUGCUGCUUGUAAAGUUCAUCGUAACAUUAACUUGGGGAAAUAUGUGGCAGAGAAGCUGUUAGCUAUUGAACCGAGGAAUUCUGGACCUUAUGUUCUUCUCUCAAACAUGUAUGCUGAGCUUGGGAGAUGGAGCGAUGUUGUAAGAGUAAGGAAGCUGAUGAGGCAACGGGGGGUUGUCAAGCAGCCGGGUUGCAGUUGGAUUGAAAUACAGGGUCAUCUGAAUGUUUUCCUGGUGAAAGAUAAAAGGCAUUGUCAAAAGAAUGAAAUUUAUUGUCUUUUGAAUUUUCUCACAGAACAAAUGAAGCGACAUGGAUAUGUACAAGAUGCUGGUGACUACGAGUCUUAUGAAGAGCAAGCUGAAUCUCAACUAACUUCAUUUUUCGAAAUGGAUAUGUCAGAAGAUGUAGCUGUUCUAGAUGGAGGGCAGUUUUGCUGAUGAGCUUUACUCAGAAAGUUUACAGCUAUCAAAAUCGCAAUUGGGUUCCACAUUGAAUGUCACCAGUAAAC